AUGUUGCAGACCCAUGAUCUGCUUGAUAGCCUGGAUUUCUGCGUUUUUCAUGAUUUGGUCGCAAGACCGGAAACAGCCAACGACAAGGCAGAAUCUCCUUCUGUCAGAAUCAGAGUACACUUGUGUCCUUCUUUGGUUCCUGCCUUGUUUGCAUCUUCCAGUUUAGGGUAUCCAGUAAGUCUGCUCUUUCUGCUACCGUCGUUUUUCUUCAAUGCCUUGUCUGCAUUUGCAGCAGCAAUGUCCAUAACACUAUCGAGGAUUCCAGAAGCGAGCACUUUCUUCACAAACGAAUCUGGGAGCUCCAGUUUCUUUCCACCAAACUGGGACGCUCUGGUGGUGAGCUGCUCCUUGGUCUGGGAUGUGAAAGCUGGAUUCUCAACUAAACAGUUCACGAAAAGGAACAUGUUGUUUUUGAUCUGGAACGGCUUGAUAAUGGCGGUCUUGCUCUUCUUUUUGAUUUGUUCUUGGAUUUUUGCCACGAGCAGGUUGGUAACCAAUUCAACGUGCGUACCACCCGAGGUGGUGGCAAUCGAGUUCACAAAAGAAACCUGGUUGAAGUUACCGUCAGAGAUCGAAAAGGCAAUCUCCCAUCUAUCGUCAAUGACCUGGUGCACAAUUGUGGGCAACGGAUCUGGGGCUGGGAGCGGGUUGAUGGCACCGUCCUCAGCAGGCUCAGACUUGACAGGAACAUCAACGUUGUGGCCCUUGGCUUUUUCCAGCGCUCUAACGUACAGUUCCACGUACUGUUUGAAAUUGUGCACCUUGAGAGUGGUCCCGUUCAGGCUGACCUUCACUCCUUUCACCGAACCACACAGAUCGUACACUCUUCUUCUUAAAACCCCGAGAAUGUCGCUAUCUAGGGUCUCCAUUCCGAACUUUGCCAAGUCGGGCUUGAAGAUGAUUUCUGUGUAUUCUUCCUGCUUCUUCAUCUUGGUGAUCUUUGGCUUGCCCGCCUCAGACAUGUUGUUUCUCCAUCUUGGCUCCGUAACCGUUUCUUCCACCAGUGACUUUUCUCUGGUCGUCAUCGUAAUUACUCGAGGUGAGCAGGUUACCAAAGAUCAGCUCUGGGAUAUAAAUCUGUUCUUUGGUAUGGAUCUCGAUCGGAAUACCUCUUCCGUCAUUUCUGACGGAGAUCGCGUUAUUCUCUGCGUCGAUCUUGACGUCGAUCUUCUUCAUCGAUGGGUCUCUAAUUUUGUUAUCUGCAGCAUUGACCAGAAUCUCGUCAAAGAUCUUGAACAGACCAGGAACAAUGUUCACAAGCUUUUUUUCCAUGGACUGACCGAGGACUUUGAGCCAUUGGUGGUAUUUGUAGAAUUAGAAAGAGGCUUCUUCUUUGGUUUCUGCGGCGACGGUGUCGCAGACAACGAGUACUGGGACUCGGAAUCACUCAUUCUGGAAGUACUGUUGGAUCGUAAAAAGAGGGAAAUGGGUAAUUUGGAAAAGUUCCCACAACGCAAAGCUCUGACACUUGAAAGUAACGGUCCCGACUUAAAAAUGACAGGGUGCAUACGACUCGCAGCAGGUACGUGUCACUUGUUUUGGUGA